AUGCGUAAGUUUUUAUUUUUGUUUUGUAAAGAAAGUUCUUACCAUUUUUGGUUUUGUAAAGAAAGUUUUUGCUAUUUUUGUUUUGUAAAGAAAGCUCUUGCCAUUUUUUGCUCUGUAAAGAAAGUUUUUGCUAUUUUUGUUUUGUAAAGAAAGCUCUUGCCAUUUUUUGCUCUGUAAAGAAAGUUUUUGCUAUUUUUGUUUUGUAAAGAAAGCUCUUGCCAUUUUUUGCUCUGUAAAGAAAGUUUUUGCUAUUUUUGUUUUGUAAAGAAAGCUCUUGCCAUUUUUUGCUCUGUAAAGAAAGUUUUAGCCAUUUUCUGUUUUAUAAAGAAAGUUCUUGUCAUUUUUUGUAUUGGAAAGAAAGUUCUUGCCAUUUUUUGUUUUGUAUAAAAAGCUCUUGCUAUUUUUCAUUUUAAAAAUACAAAUAGCUUUUUAUCGACCAUAAAAAGUCUGUAAAAAUAUUAAUUUAUUAAUUUUAUACCAGAUAGCAUAUAAUGAAAGAGAUAAUCCGAUAAUUCUUAAUGUCUCAUUACAAUUUAUUAACUAAAAUUUGCAAGAUUUCCAAGGAAAAUGAAUCCGAUAUGAAAACCAUUAUAUUAUUAACCUUUAAUGAGUUAUGUUUUUUGGUUUACGGCGGAAGCGAUUAAUAAUUUUUAUAUUAAAAUAUAUUAUAAUUAACGUGCCUACACAUUUUUUGAAUGUUAUCUAUAAAUUGAAAAAAAAAAUUAAUUUUUCGAUUUGUAAAGAAAGUUCUUGCCAUUUUUCCUUCUGUAAACAAAGUUUUUGCAAUCUCUUGACUUGUAAAGAAUGUUCUUGCCAUUUUUCCAUUUGUAAAGAAAGUUCUUGCGAUUUUCGGUUUUGUAAAAAAAGUUCUCGCCAUUUUUGGUUUUGUAAAGAAAGUGUUUGUCAUUUUUUGUAUUGUAAAGAAAGUUCUUGCCAUUUUUUAUUUUGUAAAGAAAGUUCUUGCCAUCUUUCUUUCUUGUAAAGAAAGUUCUUGCUAUUUUUUUUGUAAAGAAAGUUUUUUCCAUUUUUUGUAUAUGUAAUGAAAUGAUUUUUUUGUCAUUGAAAAACAGCACGUUUGAAUAACAUGAACUUCCUGUGCAAUAUCGUAUGACAUAAACACAAAAACAUAAUUUGAAAGAAUGUUACACUAAACUACGAUUACACUGUAAAACGGUGGCACUUUACACUAGAAAAAGCUGGUACAAAUUUGCACAACAAUAGUAUAGUAUUUCUUGCUUUUUGAGUUUAAGUGCUGUAGUAAUAUUAAACAGCUUGCAAGGGUUUUAUUUCUUAGGUCAAGAUGAACUUGUUGUAGCUAAAAGCAACCUUAAUGUAGCUCAAAAAUUAGCUUGUUGUAGCCAAAGCAUGCCUUAAUAUGGCCCAAAAGGCACCUUUUUGUAGUCAAAGAUGUGAGGGUGUUUACAAGUAGUAAAUAGAGAUGAAGUACCAUCAUCUUGUGGUGUCAUUUUUUUUUAUUUUUUUGGUGUUUUGCCCACUACAAGAUAAUACAAUCUGCCUUGGUAUAGUAGGUAAAAAAUAAGCCAACAUAAUGUUACAAAAUUGCUUCACAGAACCUUGAAUAUUAAUUGUAGUAUCAUCAUAGUACUCUGAAAACAACCACUCUAAUAUAAUCAUACAAAAUAGUACUUGAAAAUCUUGUAAUAUCUUAACAAGCAACACUUAUAUUGAGAAAUAGAUAACAAUCUUAUGAGAAAGUAUUAUAGAUAACUACCUUAAACAUUACAAAUGUUAAUUGUCAUGUUUUCAGGAAACGUGCGUUCGUUAGUCAGAACCCCCAACUCACCCCGAUCCCUAAACAGUAUGCUAAAACAACCCAUCUUAUCGUUUGGCUCGUGGUUUGGAGCUCACCGAUCAAAACGACACCAAAUGCAUAACCGCCACUAUCUACCACAAACUCUGCAAUCAGCUCUACUGAACUCUGAAGUUGGUUCUCCAUUUCUAUCUUCUGAAAUUAGAGCUCCAGCUGUAGAAGCCCAACGAACAUCCCUAAAAAAUUCCGAAGUUAUAGAGUUGACUCCAAGGUUUAUUCAAAUUUCUGAACCUAUGGAAGCCCCUGAAGGUUUGAAAGCAGAAGCCACAGAAUCACUAGAAUCUCAGCCGGACGCUACAGCAUCCUACACUUCUUUGAAUUCUCUAGAAGCGCCUUCAGAAGCCGAAGAUGCUCCAGAAAGCGAAGUGUUAUCAAAAAUUGAAAACCUUGCAGCCAAAAACAAGUUGGUCAAAAAGCUUCUAGUAAAAGCCGAAAAUCGACCAGUCAAAUCGCAAAUUCAGCAGAACGAUCGACAGAUUCAACAGAAAGACAGUGAACAGCCUGUAGACCAAGAAACUACAGAACCUAAAACACAACCGCAGCAAGUUGAUAAUGAAGCACAGCAAUUUGAUAAUGCUAGCAAAUUAGAAGAGCUGCAAAAGCGCAAAAAUGAACUUUUGCACAACAUUGAGGAAGUGUUAUUAAAAAAGCACAUCAAAGAUGACUUGGAGCUGAUUACGGUAGAUGACGCCCAAACCAGCCGCCUUCAAAAGCUUCUGGGCAAAAAUUUGAUUGUUGUUAAAGUGUAA